CUGCAAUGCUUUUAAACUCAUCUGCUGUGUGAUCCUUCUAAAAAAUCGCCUACAAGUCAGAGGCAUUUUACGUGCGAGGCUACAUUUACCCCUCUCCUUCGACAUUUCACCCUCUCCGCUUUACGCAAUGUAGGCCAAUCCAUGAAGAAACAGUAAUGUGUUAAAUGUUAAAAAUACAAAUUCGCCGAAUUUCUCAUGCUGAAAGAGGACUCCGCAACUCGCCUGCACGGCUCUGGUGCGUCUGUGCAAUAGACUCUGAAAAGAAAACUAUUAAUUUACAGUUGGGAACACGUCGCUGCAAAAAGGACAUUGAAAACCUAUUUUUUCACUUUAAGACAAAUACGCUUAAAAAGCAAACUGGCUCACGUUCUUCCAAACCAACCCAGUUUGACAGCUGCUCUUCACCCCCUUUGGAGGACUGUCGGCAGCAAGAGGAUGGCAUCAGAACUGGCAAUGAGCAACUCCGACCUGCCCACCAGUCCCCUGGCCAUGGAAUAUGUUAAUGACUUCGAUCUGAUGAAGUUUGAAGUGAAAAAGGAGCCGGUGGAGCCCGAUCGCAACAUCAGCCAGUGCAGCCGCCUUAUCGCCGGGGGAUCCUUGUCUUCCACCCCGAUGAGCACGCCUUGCAGCUCGGUGCCCCCUUCUCCAAGCUUCUCGUCGCCCAGUCCGGGGUCGGGGAGCGAACAGAAGGCACACUUGGAGGAUUUCUACUGGAUGUCCGGUUAUCAACCGCAGUUGAAUCCGGAGGCUCUGGGCUUCAGCCCCGAAGACGCAGUUGAGGCGCUGAUCAACAGCAGUCACCAGCUCCAGUCCUUCGAUGGCUAUGCUAGAGGGCAGCAGUUUGCCGGCGGAGCCGGAGGAGGAGGCACCAUGGGCGGGGAAGAGAUGGGCUCUGCCGCGGCGGUGGUGUCCGCAGUUAUCGCCGCCGCAGCAGCCCAGAAUGGGGGGCCCCACCACCACCAUCACCACCACAACGGCGGCCACCAUCACCAAUCACCUGGGGUCUCGUCCAACGGCAGCUCUGGAGGAAACCACCCACACAUGGGACAUUUGGACGACCGGUUUUCGGACGACCAGCUGGUGGGCAUGUCGGUGCGGGAGCUCAACCGGCAGCUACGGGGAGUCAGCAAGGAAGAAGUGAUCCGGCUGAAACAGAAGAGGAGGACCCUAAAGAACAGAGGCUAUGCGCAGUCCUGCCGCUACAAGCGGGUGCAGCAACGGCACGUCCUGGAGGGCGAGAAGACGCAGCUCGUCCAGCAAGUCGACCACCUCAAGGCGGAGAUCUCCAGGCUGGCCCGGGAGAGGGACGCAUACAAAGAAAAAUAUGAGAAGCUCAUCAGCAACGGCUUCAGAGAAAAUGGAUCCAGCAGUGACAACAACCCUUCCUCCCCGGAGUUUUUCAUGUGAGUCUCGACAUUAUCAUGAAAACUGAGUUUGUCAGUUCCCUCAUUAAAAAGUUUUCAUUGUGAUAUUUUUUGUAAUGGGGCUUACUAGACCAAGAAAACUAAUUUGCAAACAUUUUUUUCGGUUUUAAUUUCUUUGACAACAGUCUGUCAAAUAACGGUUUUGAGUUUUGGGGCUUGCAAUAGAAAGAUGGAACUUUGUCAUAAUUGCCCUUCAUUUUGGAGUAGAAACUGAAACCUGCCAUCAUCUUUUUUUUGCUACCAGUCUUAUUAUUUGAUGCAUAUUUUUGUCAAGCUCUGUUUCAUCAUUGUUCAUUUGACUUGCAGUGUUUUGAAUAUGAACUAUCAUUUAUUAUUUGUUAACUUUACAAUGUUGCUGUAUACUAUGUGUGCAUGCAAGCACUAAGUAUACCCCUUGGAAGUUCAUCGACUUGCCUUUUUUCACCUUUCGACUUUGAAAUCCGUGUAUAAAUACCGUUCAAAAACUGCAUCCAUCUACAGUAAGAAGACGUUUUUGGCCUUUUUCCCUUUGUGUUUUUGUUCUGCCAAACUCGGAGGACUGCGAGCCUGCCAUUAUACCCCACCUCAUCUCAUGCGUUAUGCUUGCUAUUUUGUGUUAAGCAACAAACAGACUAUAUUACUCAUAAGAAACAAUAUCCAUUAUUUUAAAAUAGAUAUGUUAUUGAACUGGCCUGCAUGCUGGACAUGUACGGGUUUUAUUUUCUUUUUGUGCUUGAAAAUGUACUUUUAUCGGAUGACUCCAGCAUGGCAUUCAUACUUGUUUUAUGACCUGAUCACUUUUUUGGGACAGCAACAAAAAAGUGACAAGGACUCUCCACCCCCCUUCCCGUGUAAGUGCAUUUCAACUGUGUUGAAUGAUACGACUAAGCGCCCAUUUCUAUACAGUAUGACGCAUUCCUGAUGGAAGAUGGUCGGCGGUAUCCAUGUAGCGAGGGAGCAAAAAGGACCUCAACUAUUCUAAAAUGAAUUAUCUAUCCCUAUAUGGGACUAAACUGUAUGUUGCUUAAAAGCAGUUUGUGUAUUUAAAAUUAAAAUAAAAACAUCCCUGUGCGUUUAACAACUCUGGAAGGCUAUGGAUUAUAAUUGAAGUAUAUGUAGACCUACAGCAGUUAUACUUUGUAAAUCUAAAAUAAAAUAUGGAUGUGCUACAAGUUGACAUUUAAAGAAGAAUGUGAUGUAUAUUAUUAGUAUCAUUUAGCUGUAGGUUUCAUAAAGUCCUGUGCACUAAAUUGUUUUCCUGUCAUUGGGUAGGAGAGGUUGGGGCGGUUCCAAUUUAUACAAUUUAACAGUAUUGUUUCCAUGCAUAAGCAGCGCUUUUUGCAGCAUGUUCUUCCAGUUUAAGCAGUAGUUUGACAGCUGUAGUAGUGUUUGUCUUCACCUACCACUCACUGUAUUUUAAACCAAAGUAUUAAAUAAGGAGAAACUUCAGCCCUAAGUCAGCGUGAACCCUGCAUUUUGAUAAUGUAUUUUUGGACUGAAUUGCACUAAAAUGUAGUCUGCAAUAUAUCACAGAAUGGUUACUCGAUUAAGCUAAUUCAAAAACGCAGAUAGAUAAUUUUUGGCAUUGCUGGAUAACUUAAUUUUAAUAGUUUGUUGUCAAUCAGUAUUAGAUUAUUUUUUGGCUCAAACAAACUCAUUAUUUCCAAGGCAAUAAUAUUAUUAUAAUCAAUAAUGUCUGGACAUUGUUAAAUAGACAGGGAUUGACACCCUGCUUGUACAAAAUGGGGGGAUACCAUUCAUCAAUAAAUCUUUCAGACAUAUGUUAAUUCAACUUUCCUCUUAUAUAUUUUGCUGUGCAAAAUGAUUUCCCUCACUAACCAUAUUAUGUGAUGUUCAUAUGUUUUUUUCUCAAUUUCUUACAAUUAAAUGAAAUGCAAUAAAUGUAUGUAAUCAGCCUUUCA